AGCCCUAUUAACCGAGUCCAUAGAUGGGAAUUGAGUGACUACAGUAUGUUAACAAUUUUUUUAAUCAAGGACGACCACCGAGACGAGGUAAUUUACCCCCAAUUUCAGCCCAUCAACCUACUUUCGAAUUUUGUUUUAAAAAAACCUACUUACGAGAUCAAAUCACACACUCCCAACCAAUCCACCGGUGUACCAAAUUCUCAGUUUACCCAGAAAAUCCAUUGAAGCUUUUCGAGUUUUAGUCAGCAGAAAUGGACAGUCGAGCUCGGAAUUUGCUAGAUGAAGCCCUAGGGCUGGACCAGCUGGCCCAAUCGAAGCCGCCUCUGGGCGGAAAAGCAGUUCUGAUCGAGGACUGCGUAGAGACGAGCGGCUCCUUCGUCCUCCACCAGCUCAUCAAGCGCCUCCAUACGGCAGUUCCCAAUUCUUCCAAUGUCGUCCUCUUCCUCGCCUUCGCCAACCCCUUCUCCCACUACGAUCGCAUUCUCCGAAAACUCGGCUGCAACUUAGGUGCUCAGAGAGAGAAAGGAAGGUUCAUUUUCGUUGACAUGCUUAAUGUUGAGUGCCCAGUAGGAGAAGAAGGAAAAGCUGGUGGUAGAAGUGGAUUGUUUGCCUUGUUCGCAAACAUCACUAAAGUCUUGAAUGCCUUGCCUGAAAGUAACAGGAAGUGUCUCACUAUCGUGAUAGAUGAUGUUUCUCUAAUGGAGGUGGCUGCACAUGGAUCUUCGGAUCAUGUUCUGGACUUCCUUCACUAUUGCCAUACUCUAACAUCAGAUUAUGGAUGCUCGUUGGUGACACUUAAUCAUGAGGACAUCUAUUCGAGCAUGGACGGGCUGGUGUUUCUGAAACAGAUGGAGUAUGCUGCAGAUGUUUUGGUAAAGGUGGAACCUUUAGCCACUGGUUUGGCAGCUGAUGUCCAUGGCCAGAUGACUGUGUUGAACAGAGGAAGCUUGAAUAACAGGAUGAGCAAUUUCCAGUUCCGGAUCAAGGAAAACAGUGUCGAGUACUUCUAUCCAGGAGCUCGAGCUUGAAAGAGCCAUAGGUCAUUUGUGUGUAGGAGCUAGAACCUUAUCACUGCGAGACAGUUUUUAAGCUUGCAGGAGUAGAUGGAACAUAUUCCCAUGGAGGAAAACCCCCACCAGAACGAUAGAUGAUAGGAUUCAUUCGUAUCAGAUUGUUUGAUUAGUAAUCUUGUGCCGUUAUGCCUGCUGUUAUUGUCCUGUUUAUGUUGGUAAGGAGAUGUGUACAGUCAACUUCCUCCCUGGUUUUACUCUCAGUAAUUUUUUGGCUUAGUCAAGAUGUACAUAAAAACAGAAUUCAAUUAGGAUGAUAACAAGACAGAGGAAAGCCAGCAAAUAGAAAGAAUAAUCUUGGAGAACAACAGUCUGCUGCUGUGCCUGUACUCAUUGAAGAAUUGAAGUAGUUGGUACAAUCCUAAGAUGGCAUUGCCUCAUUCAUCCCUCUGGGAUUUCUUUAAUCCCUAAUAUGAAGUUUCUACAACCAAACAAAUACACCCAAAAUUGAAAGGCUGUGACACCUUCGUCUGAAAUACAAACGAAAUACAAAUCAGUAUAUCGAGCUUAGCUAGCUAGGCCAUGCGUCAAGAGUCAAAACGUGGGGAGGUUCUUUACUUCCCCUAGUGAUAAAAAUCUUGCAUACGG